UCAAAAUCACACUUCUCGGCUUUCAACUUUCACACCACACUAUAAAAACUCUUCUCAAUCCUCCCAACACUACCCCCUUCGAAUCCCUCCUCAAUUUUUCAGACCCCAACAGUCUCUCUCCUAUGGCGAGCAUCGAUCCCGAGCACAGAGAAGAGGAAGAAACCACCGCCGCUGACGAUGAAGACACAGGAGCACAGGUCGCCCCAAUCGUCAAGCUCGAAGAGGUAGCCGUCACCACCGGCGAAGAAGACGAAGAAGCUAUACUCGAUCUGAAAUCCAAGCUUUAUCGAUUCGACAAGGAAGGAAAUCAGUGGAAGGAGAGAGGUGCUGGUACAGUGAAACUUUUGAAGCACAAGGGAACUGGAAAAGUUCGGCUCGUUAUGCGACAAUCCAAAACCCUCAAGAUCUGCGCCAACCAUCUCGUUCUUCCGACGAUGUCGGUCCAGGAACACACCGGGAACGAAAAGUCAUGCGUUUGGCAUGCGGCUGAUUUCGCUGAUGGCGAAUUGAAAGAUGAACUCUUUGCCAUUAGGUUUGGGUCUGUUGAGAAUUGCAAAACAUUCAUGGAAAUGUUUCAAGAGGUAGCUGAAUCUCAACAAAAGAAAGAGGAAAACAAAGAUGCAUCUGCUGCUGCUGCCAGGCUACUUGAGAAACUAAGUGUUGAAGAUGAGAGAGGAGCAGAAGACAAAGCCAGUGAAGAGGUGUCUGUCGCCACCAAGGAGGAAUCUGAAAGUGAGGCUGGGAAAACAGAUGCAGAUAAGUAGGGCGAGGAGCCUGUUUCCUCAACUUAAAGAGGGACGCGUUUGUUUCAACACCAUACAUAUAUCAGUAUUCCCCUCAAUCUGGCGAGGUCAAUUGUCUGAUCUUGUGUACCGCCUCAGUUAUAUUCAACAUGGUUUUAAAUGCAUUGGUUUGUGCUUUUAUGGGUGGGAACGGUGUGUGGAUUUGUCAGUCGAUUUGUCAGUCUUGGUCAAAAUCUGGGUCCUGUUUGCAUGUGGUGAUUGUGUUUUGCUGAUUCAAGGUUUUUCCCCCCCUCAAUAUUUUGCUUAUUUUUACAUGGUGCACGUUGCUUGUCAAGUCAUUGCUUAUGAGGGUGUUUCCUGCAUCAAACACUAGAUUGGUUAUUAAAGGAGUAUUUCUUGGGAUAUAUAACUUUUGAUUUGUUUCAUUUUUU